UGUUCCUGGAGACAAGGAAGGAACUUUGAUCGCAGCGGACUUUUCGUUUGAGGGCGUGCAGAGGGAGCGAGUUGCUUAAAGCCUUCCUGCUACUCCGGCCAAUGCACAGCCCAGCCUCUCCGUCCCGUUCCUUUCUAGUUUCUCUGCAGGGUGUUCCCUAUGAGUCAGCCAGUACGAGCCCCUUCCUUCUGCAGGGAGAAAAAAAAAAAAGCCACCGGCGGCGGCGACUCCAGGACGAGGAAUGUGAUUAUCAGCAGCUGAAGUCGCUUGAUCAGAAAAGCGGAACGGUCCCGCGGGGAGGCUUGUCUGAAAAUGAGGACUGGUUUCCUUUGCUGCUCAUAUUUGCCUUUCAUCCUUCUGUCAUUCUGUGUCCAGCAUGGAUCAGCUGGGACUGCCUGUAAAAUCAAAAAGGGGAAAGCAGACUGUAGCCAUUUGAAGUUAAAAGCAAUCCCCUCAGAUCUUCCUACAAACAUUACCACCUUGGACAUUUCUCAUAAUCAGUUAAGAACAUUGCCACCAGCAAACCUUACAAAGUACAAUCAGCUUGUCUACUUGGAUUCAGGAUUCAACUCUAUCGCCAAACUGCAGCCAGAACUAUGCCAAAAUUUGCCUUUGUUAAAAGUUCUGAAUCUUCAGCACAAUGAACUGCAUGUACUUCCUGACAACGUUUUUACUUAUUGUACCAAUCUGAGAGAGCUCAAUUUAGGAUUCAACAUAAUAGCAAUGCAAAAGGAUUUUUUCCAGACUCUAAAGAAUCUGAAAUCAUUGGAUAUUUCUCAUAAUGCUCUAAGAUCUACAAAAUUAGGAUCCCAGCAACGCUUAGAGAGCCUUCAGGAACUUGUGAUGUCUCAGAAUAAAAUUGUUGCGUUAAAGAAGGAAGACUUUCUUUUUCUUAGUAACUCUUCAUUAAAAAUACUGGACUUGUCAUCAAAUCCCCUUACUGAGUUUCACCCAGGCUGUUUCCAUGCUAUUGGAGAAAUAUUUGGUCUUAACUUGAACAAAGUUCAUUUGGGGACUAAUGGAACAGAAAAACUUUGUUUAGAAUUAUCCAAUACAAGCAUUCAGAAUCUCUCACUAAGCCAAGUGCAACUUUCGCGUAUUUCCAACAUGACCUUCAAUGGAAUGCAGAGAACAAAUCUCACUACUUUAGACCUAUCUAACAGUGGCUUGUCGGUGAUUGAAAAUGGUUCUUUUGUCUGGUUCAAAAAUUUACAGACUCUAAAUCUAGAGAACAAUAACAUUGCACACCUGUUUUCUCGUUCCUUGGACGGACUGAACAAUGUGAAUUAUCUGAAUUUGAGAAACUCCGUUAACAAAAAAAUUGAUGAUUUCGCUUUUCAGUCACUCAAACAUUUAAAGUGUCUUAUUAUGGAUGAGAAUACAUUUCCAGAGAUUACUCCUAAAACAUUUACAGGUUUAGAAAAUUUGAAAAACUUAAGUUUAAGCAAGUGCACUAUCACCUUGGGAUCAAAAAGAAUAAUAACGAACAAAACAUUUUCAUCUCUUGCUAAUUCUCCUUUGCAGUUUCUUAACCUAACAAGAACUAAAAUCACUAACAUCCAACCUGGGGCUUUCUCUUGGCUGGGAGAAUUAAAAACUCUGGAUUUAGAAGUAAAUGAAAUUAGCCAGGAACUCACCGGUCAUGAAUUUCAGGGUCUUAGUAGUAUUGAGACUAUCUUUCUUUCUUACAACAAUCACCUGACUUUGACAAGCGAGUCAUUUACAUUCGUUCCAGGCCUUAGAAAACUGAGGCUUAGGAAGGUUGGUUGCAGCAACUUGGAUAUAUCUCCCUCACCAUUCCACCUAUUAAAGAAUUUGACAAUCUUGGAUCUUGGCAACAACAAUAUCGCUAACAUGAGGGAAGAUCUGUUUGAUGGACUCGACCAUCUUGAAAUUUUGGAUAUGCAGCAUAAUAAUCUGGCACGAUUUUGGAAGCAUGCCAAUCCAGGUGGUCCUGUUCUUUUCUUAGAAGGCCUUCAGAACCUACAUCUGCUUGAUUUAGAAUCCAAUGGCUUUGAUGAGAUUCCAGGAAAAGCUUUUCAUGGGUUAUCUGAAUUAAGAAGCUUGAAUUUGGGGUCCAAUAACCUGAACUUGCUUCCUGAGUUCAUCUUUAAUGACCUGACAUCUCUGACAUACCUGUUUCUCGAGAAGAAUCUUAUUACAAGUGUUGAAAAAGAAGUUUUUGGUACAGUUUUUACAAAUUUGAAAGAAUUAGACAUGGGGUCCAAUCCCUUCGACUGUACUUGUGAUAGUAUAGCCUGGUUUGUUAACUGGCUGAAGAAGAACAAAACGUAUGUCCGAGGUUUAAAUCAAUAUCUAUGUAAUACCCCACCUAAAUAUCAUAGAGCUGUAAUGGAACUUUUUGAUACCUCGCCAUGUGAUAAUGCCCCUUUCUUAUUGCUCUACAUUGUUAGCACUACUGUCACAGUGCUCCUCAUUUUUGUGGUAUUCCUUAUUCACUUUUUAGGGUGGCGAAUAAAAUAUCUUUGGAAUGUGUCUGUAAAUAGAGUGCUAGGAUUUAGAGAAAUAGAUAGAUCACAACAACAGUUUGAUUAUGAUGCCUACAUCAUCCAUGCCAAGAGGGACAAGAACUGGGUAUUUAAGAACUUUAUUACUCUAGAGAAACACAAUGAAGACAAUGAACCCAUCAUUAGGUUUUGCUUAGAGGAACGAGACUUUGAAGCUGGAAUAUCUGAAUUUGAAGCCAUUGUUGAUAGUAUCAACCGAAGCAGGAAAACUAUAUUUGUCAUCACCAACCAUCUUUUAAAAGAUCCCUGGUGCAGAAGGUUCAAGGUACAUCAUGCCAUACAGCAAGCUAUUGAACAAAGUCGAGAUUCCAUCAUACUGAUUUUUCGUGAUGACAUUCCAGAUUAUAAACUGAAUAAUGCUCUUUAUUUACGAAGAGCCAUGUUCAAAUCUCGCUGCAUUUUGGAGUGGCCAGCACAGAAAGAACGAGUCAUUGCUUUUUACCAGCAACUAAAAUCAGCACUUAAAUCUAGUAGUCGGAUACAGUGAAAUUUUAAAUAUAUUUUUUAAAAGGUUGUGUUAAACUAUUUUGGAUUUUUCAUUGAACAGUCAAAAUGUUGUUUCAAAAAGAUUAUCUGAAUAGAGAGAAAAAUUACAACCAUCUCCGAGGAAUUUUCAUAUUGUGCCACCAAACAUAAAAACAGUGAAUGGCAUAACUGACUUUGGGCCAGAAUGGAUAUGAAACAGGAAAUCCCUCUCAACAUAGGGCCCCCAUACCUAAAAGGUUACUUCUUGUACAAUCCCAUAUGGAAGUUUCAUGCAGUGCAGUAAUGCCUUUUGAUAAUUCAGGUGCCUGCAAAGGUACAUUAUGCUGUUUUCUGCUUAUGAGUUUUUUUUCUGUAGCUGUUCCAAUGUUAUGAAAUAGUCUUCUGGGGGAGUUUAAGAUCUAUAUUUCUUUUGCUCUCUUAGAGGGCUUUCACUUCUAUACACUUUGACUGCUCAAUAUGAUUGCUUUGUUUGGUAACUUUGUAAAGCUUUUUUCUGAGGUUGGUUUUCAUUUUGUUAUUUUAUAAUGUUUUGGGGCACUGUUUUUAUUUAUAGUUCUUGAUUCCCAGUUUACUGGGUCACGGGCAGGCUUAGAAAUGUUUUCAAUUACAUAAAUAUUAUGUAGUAGGGUC